AUGUGGGCUGAUCAGUCUUUCCAUUUCUACGGCCAAGUCCAGCAGCCGAUUGGACUUAAUUUCCCAGCCACCCCAUCGCCAUUUUCGCAUCUUCCGCCUCUUGCCACGGCUUUCAAGAAUACAUCCUCCGGCACUGCCAAUCGAGGCUCAACCACUCCGGGAAGAUGUUCGCUAUCCUAUCGCGCCGACGACCCCUUCUCGCUCUGGAACCCCUUCGAUCAAUCCCGCUUCGAUCUCACCGUCUGCUUCAAGUAUUCGCUCUACCUCCUCCCGUUCUUGGUCAUCCUCAUCAACGGCUCCGUUGAUCUCUACAAGCUCUCCGCUCGGCCGGUCAUCCAGCCCAAGUCGUCCAACCGAACCCUGAUCAGGCUGUCGCAACUGACCUACAUCAGCAAACUGCUCUUGAUCAUCGUGGUGUCAAUCUUCCAACUGGCGUACUCCGCCAUCCUCUUCGUCCGAUCCGGAUGGUGGGAUCCCGUCGAGUGUCUCUCCAACCUUGUGAUCUGUGCCAGUCUGUUGUUUGCGAUCCCAUUGCACCACCUGUCUCACCAGCGAUCCCAACGGUCAUCGACCAGUUUGCUAUUCUUUCACCUCUUCUUCCUCGUCACCUCGGCCAUCGAACUGCGAUCUCACCUCGACCACUCCUUGCUACACCAACACCCACAUCAAACCGGGUUCCUCAUCCUCAGAUCUCUCUUGAUCACCACCGUCUUCGUCCUCGAGUGUCUCGGCCCGUUCAAGUAUGACGACCACACCUACUCAUUCGGUGAAGAUGGCUACGCGGCAUUGCCCCAGGAUGAGGCCACCGGAGCAGGCUCCGAUCAGGCUGACCGGCGCUCGGAAUCGCCGUUGAUUUACGCCAACGUGUUCUCCCGACUGACGUUUGGAUGGAUGACGCCGAUGAUGAAGCUGGGAAAGAGCCAGUACUUGACGGAAGACGAUCUGUGGAUGUUGCCCCGGGAAGACCAGACGGAUUCGCUGACUAACCGACUCCAUCAAACCUGGAGACGCCAGCUAUCACGAGCUCCCUCGAGUCCAUCCUUGAUCCGUGCCAUCGCACAGGCUUACGGUGGACCCUACCUUCUCGCAGCACUCUUCAAGCUGAUUCAAGACAUGCUGCAAUUUACUCAACCCCAACUCUUGAGACGUCUGCUCAGCUUUGCCGAUUCAUUUUCGCCCGGUAACGAACCCGAGCCGGUCUAUCGGGGGUACAUGAUUGCCGCCCUCAUGUUCAGCUGUGGGCUGAUCCAGACCUUGUUCUUGCAUCAAUACUUCGACCGCGUCUUCGUCACCGGGAUCAGGGUCCGCUCGGGUCUGAUCGGAGUAAUCUAUCAAAAAUCGCUGGUCCUCUCAAAUGAGGAAAAGUCAGGCAGGGCCACGGGCGAUAUCGUCAACUUGAUGUCAACGGACGUCAGUAGGAUCCAAGAUAGCUGUUCCAACGGACUCAUCCUUGUCUCAGGCCUCUUCCAGAUUACUCUGGCCUUCAUCAGUCUCUACGACAUGCUGGGAUGGCCCAUGUUGGGCGGUAUCGCAGUCGUGCUCCUGAGUAUUCCGCUCAACAUUGGUCUGGCCCGACUUCAAUCUAGGCUACAGAAACUACAGAUGAAGAACAAAGACUCGCGCACUAGGUUGAUGAACGAGAUUCUCAAUAACAUCCGGUCGAUCAAGCUUUACACUUGGGAAAACGCGUUUACCCAGAAGCUUUUCGCCAUCAGGAAUGAAAGAGAAUUAGGAAUCCUCAGAAAAAUUGGUUAUCUAUCUAGUGCCAGUAUCUCCCUGUGGAAUUUUAUUCCGUUUCUGGUAGCUUUUUCAGCUUUUUCGAUCUUCUCACUCGUUGGUGACUCACCUUUGACCCCCGCCCUAGUCUUUCCAGCCAUUUCGUUGUUUCAGCUAUUGCAAUUUCCUCUGGCGGUGCUACCAAUGGUCAUCAACCAGUGGGUAGAAGCAUACGUUUCAGCCAAUCGAAUCUGCAAUUUUUUGACAAGCAAAGAACUUCAACAAGAUGCCGUCAUACGAUCUGAACACACUACUGAAGCACAAGGGCUGCCCGUCGAGGUCAAAGAUGCCAACUUCACGUGGUCUUCUGGGGCAGAUGCUACCCUUUCGGACAUCAGUCUCAGUGUGCCACAGGGCGACCUUCUAGCCGUAGUUGGGCGCGUCGGCUCCGGGAAGUCGUCUUUGCUUUCUGGGAUUCUCGGAGAAAUGUACAAGCUGUCGGGGAAAGUCCAGCUGAGAGGCAAAGUUGCUUAUGCGGCCCAGACUCCUUGGCUACUUUCUGCCACUUUGAAGGAGAACAUCUUAUUCGGGGCCGAGUAUGACAAGGAGCUUUACGAUAGCGUGAUCGCAGGAUGUGCACUGGUAGACGAUUUAGCGAUGCUGAAAGACGGCGACGAGACUCAGGUUGGCGAAAAGGGGAUUGCUCUAUCUGGCGGCCAAAAGGCGAGAAUCAGUUUGGCCCGAACGGUCUAUGCGCGCGCCGAUGUUUACCUACUAGAUGAUCCUCUGAGCAGCGUUGACGCUCAUGUGGCGCGACAUUUGUUCGAUAAAGUGAUCGGCCCCACUGGCCUUCUCCGCAACAAAGCAAGAAUUCUUUGUACCAACGCGAUCCCCUUCUGCCAACAAGCCGAUGAACUGAUCAUGGUCCGUGACGGAAAGAUCGUGGAACGUGGGACGUUCCAAAGUGUACUUGCCAACCAAGGCGACUUGAGGAAGCUAAUCGACGAGUUUGGCAAGAACACGUCUCAGGAUGACAUAUCGGACGAUCUCAAGCCGUCUGAUUCAACUAUCGCGGUUUCCGAGAAUAGCAGCAAAUCCUCAGCCAGCAAACCGCGUCAGGAGUCUGUUGCAUUGAUGAGACGACCACUUAUUACCACCUCCAAAAAUAACCAGAUGCCCAUUCUGAAAACGCGCAAGGCCCCUGGAAAAGUGUCUGAACAUAAGGAGAAAGGCUCAGUCAAAUACGACGUCUACAAAACGUACUUGAGAGCGAACGGCGUGUUUGGUGUAGGGAUUGCAUUGGGCUCAGUUGUAGUGCAGCAAAUCCUUUCUCUGGCGACGACUAUAUGGCUCAAGAAUUGGAGCUCAAGUAAUCAGACUCACUCGGACGACGACGGACCUCACCUGGGAUACUAUUUGGGAAUCUACGGCCUUCUGGGUUUCCUCACCAGUGUAACGGCUUUUGUGAACGGUGUCACUCUGUUCUCGAUCUGUGCGGUCCGAAGUGCAAAAGUCUUGCAUGAUCAGAUGUUUGCAAAGGUGUUGAGGGCUCCCAUGUCAUUCUUUGAUACCACGCCUGUUGGGACGAUUUUGAACCGAUUUUCCAGGGAUGUGUUUGUCAUCGACGAAGUACUGGCUAGAGUUUUCAGUGGAUUUCUCCGCACUUCCGCAGGCGUUGUUAGUGUUGUGGCCGUGGUUUCGUGGGCUGUACCACCGUUUCUUCUGGUUUGCAUACCUUUACUGCUAAUCUACAAGGGUAUCCAAUCGUAUUAUCUGGCGACUUCCCGGGAAAUUAAACGCAUUGAUGCUAUCACCAAGUCUCCAAUUUUUGCAAUGUUCGCUGAGACAUUGACGGGCGUGGCCACAAUCAGAGCUUUUGGAGAACAAGGCCGGUUCGUUGUAGAAAAUGAGACCAAAGUGGACCGCAACCAGGAAGCAUGUUUUGCUUCGAUUGGUGCAAACCGUUGGCUCGCCGUUCGACUAGAACUGAUCGGAAAUGUAAUGAUCCUCACUGCUGCAUCCCUGGCAGUGACAAGUCUAGCGGCGAGCAAACCUCUCGACAGCGGAAUGGUCGGGGUCUUGAUGUCCUACGCACUUUCGAUUACUCAAUCACUCAAUUGGCUUGUAAGGAGUGCGACAGAAGUCGAAACAAACAUCGUGUCUUGUGAACGAGUGGUCGAAUACACUAAAUUGAAACAAGAGGGCCCUUGGGAGACUGACGAGCACCAUCGGCCAAGCCCCAGUUGGCCAGAAAAAGGAGAAAUCGUCUAUGAAGGAGUUGAAUGUCGUUAUCGAGAUGGGUUGGAUUUGGUCUUGAAAGGCGUUGACUUCAAGGUCCAAGCACAAGAAAAGAUUGGAAUCUGCGGUCGAACAGGCGCUGGGAAAUCAACAAUUACUUUGUCGUUAUUCAGAUUGAUCGAGAAAGCGGGCGGCAGGAUUCUUAUCGACGGCGUAGACAUCAGCCAAAUCGGUUUGAACGAUCUGAGAUCAAAGGUAUCGAUCAUUCCUCAAGAUUCGCAAUGCUUUGAAGGUAGCUUGAGAGCCAACUUGGAUCCUGAAGGCUUGAAAACAGACGAGGAACUGUGGAAGGUGCUCGAGCAUUCAAAGUUGAAAGCCCAUAUUCAAUCCUUGGAGGGCGGACUGGACGCAAGAAUUGAAGAAGGUGGAAAUAACUUGAGUAAUGGUCAACGACAACUGUUAUGCUUGGCAAGGGCAAUGCUCUUGAAAUCGUCCAAGAUAUUGGUGAUGGAUGAAGCUACUAGUUCAGUGGACCCCGAAACAGAUGCCGAUAUCCAAGCAGUAAUCAGAAAUGAAUUCAAAUCGUAUACCAUCUUGGUGAUUGCUCAUCGGCUGAAUACGAUUUUGGAUUGCGAUAAGAUAUUGGUUAUCAAUAAGGGCAAAGUAGUUGAAUUCGAUUCACCGGAUAACUUGAUGAAAAACAAGGAAUCGGAAUUUUGCAAGAUGUGCCAGGAAGCUGGCCUGAUCAAUUAA